CUGAGCCUAGUGAGCGCGCUAGCGCUGGCUGUCGGUGUCAGUGCAGAGCAGAGCAGCACAAGCAGGGCUCCUCCUCCUGUUCAGGCAGAGCUGCUGAGCCGGGUGAUAGUAGUGACAGCGGCUGGGGUUACGGUGUUCCGCCGCAGUACACCCCCCACGGCCAGGGGGCUGUCCGUGUCUGACAGACGGUGACCCGGCCAGGGCUGGGCUCUAUGCGGCCGCUGGACCAUGAAUCUGCACCAGGUGCUGACCGGGGCUGUGAACCCGGGGGAUAACUGCUUCUCGGUGGGGAGCCUGCACGAACAGCCCGUCACGGCCUAUGCAUCUGGGUGUGAUAUUGUAAUUUUAGGAAGUGACUUUGAAAGAUUACAAGUAAUUCCUGGAGUUCAACAUGGGAACAUUCUGGUGGGAUGUAUUGACUGUUCCAUGCAACAAGGCAGGAUUGCUGCUUCAUAUGAUAAUGUGGUUUGUAUCUUUGAGCCAGUGAACUUGUUAAAGCAAAAGAAUGCUCCGUCACAAGGUGGUCGAAUUCAGUGGCAGAAGAGUGGCCACAUUCAACUUGAUUCCAUUGUACAUAAUUUAACAUGGGACCCAACUGGCACUCGUCUCUUAACUGGUUCUAGCAGCCUUCAACUUUGGUCGAAUGUUAUAUUAGAUAAGUUGUCUGACGAUGAGAUCCAAGAGAGAAAAGAUAUUAACCUUGCAAACUGGAGUUGCAUCUGGCAGUGCAAGACUGCAUUUGCUAUACAUUUAAUGAAAUUUUCUCCAGAUGGAGAAUUUUUUGCAACUGCUGGGAAGGAUGACUGUCUGGUUAAGGUUUGGUAUAAUACUGAAAGCUGGCAUGCUGCUGUCAAUUCUCCAGUUACUAGUCCAGAGAAGCAGAGCCAAGGAGAAGUAGACUUUUCUUUUGUUUACCUUGCCCACCCUCGAGCAGUGAAUGGAUUUUCUUGGAGGAAGACCAGUAAAUACAUGCCACGAGGCUCUGUAUGUAAUGUUCUCCUGACCUGCUGCAAAGACAAUGUGUGCCGAAUAUGGGCAGAAACAUUGCUGCCUAAUGAUAGCCUUUUAUGUGGAGAUGGAUUCAGCCAAAAGACUGAGCCAGAAAGCUCAAAUAAUCACUUCAAAAGAAAUCCUUCUAAUAAAGAACGUGUACAGAGUGCAUUGGAGUUAAAUUUGAGACAUUUUCGGAGAGGGAGGAGGCGAUCAUUGGCUCUACUGGCACACACUGGAUACCCACCUCACCAGCAUGAUCCCCAUGAUGUUCAUAGAAAUACGCCAUUAAAUGGCAAUGCACUUUGCCACUUUCAUAUUGCUGCCAGCAUCAAUCCAGCCACAGACAUACCUCUUCUGCCUUCAAUCUCAUCAAUGAGCCUCAAUGAGACGGAGGAAAAAAACGGACCUUUUGUAGUCCACUGGCUAAACAACAAGGAGUUGCAUUUUUCUCUAUCCAUGGAAGUCUUCCUACAACAACUCAGGAAGAGUUGUGAGCAGCAAUCUUCUGAGCAUAGUACAGAGGAAGCCAAUCUUGCAGAAGGAAAUUCGGAUGAAGAAGGUGAAGAUCUAGGAACAGAUGAUCAGAAAUCUGCUAGUGAUAAAAAGGAAAUGAACGGGGGAGGACCAACUCUAAAUUCGCCCUCUGUUCCCUUGCCCUCCUCUUUAAUCGAUCAUGAAAUUGAAAUCUUGUUGUCAGAAUGGAACAAAAAUCCUGACAUGCUUUUCAGUAUCCAUCCUGUGGAUGGCUCUCUGCUUGUCUGGCAUGUAGACUGGCUGGAUGAGUAUCAGCCUGGCAUGUUUCGCCAAGUACAGGUGUCAUUUUCCUGUAGAAUACCUGUAGCCUUUCCUACUGGCGAUGCCAAUUCUCUUUGCAGAAGUAUUGUCAUGUAUGCCAGCACUAAAAAUGUGGACUUGGCCAUUCAGCAAGGCAAACAAAAGCCCCCUGGUAUGGCACGUUCAACAUCAAUGCUCAUUUCUUCAGGACAAAGUAAAUCUUCCAGUAGUCUAAAACUUAGCAUUUUCACACCAAAUGUUUUGAUGAUCUCAAAACAUGCUGAUGGAUCUCUUAAUCAAUGGCAAGUCAGCUUUGCUGAAGAAUCCGCCUUCUCAACAGUUCUCAGCAUUUCCCAUAAGUCACGUUAUUGUGGUCAUCGUUUUCAUCUUAGCGAUCUAGCAUGCCACUCCAUAUUGCCUCUUCUGCUUACAACUUCUCACCACAAUGCGCUUUGGACCCCAGAAGAAAAUUUGGAGAGGAGGACACAAAUGGAAGUGGAAGAAUGCACUCAGAAAAAAAAUAGGGAGGAUGUAUCAGAAAUAUGUCAGGAUCCAAACGCAGUGUACAGUGAACUGAUUCUUUGGAGAGUGGAUCCUGUUGGACCUCUGUCCUUCUCUGGUGGAGUUUCUGAACUAGCUCGUAUCAAUUCCCUGCAUAUUUCAGCCUUUUCCAAUGUAGCCUGGUUACCCACCAUUAUACCCAGUCAUUGUUUAGGUACAUACUGCAAUUCUCCAAGUGCUUGUUUUGUUGCAAGUGAUGGACAAAAUCUACGGCUUUAUCAAGCUGUGAUUGAUGCCAAGAAGUUGUUGUGUGAGCUAUCCAAUCCUGAUAUUUCCAAAUAUGUAGGAGAAGUAUUUAACAUCAUCAGUCAACAAUCAACUGCAAGGCCAGGGUGCAUUAUUGAACUUGAUGUCAUUACCAGCCUGCACUGCAGAAAAACACAACUGUUGCACGUUUUUCAAGAAGACUUCAUCUUAGGAAGCAUGAAGAAAAAUGAGGACUCUGAAAACUGCAGUGUUCCCGCAGAGUUAGAAAACUUGCAGAAUGGAUUCUCUGAAAAAUUUUACUUGGUGGUAAUAGAGUGCACUAAAGAAAAGCGUUCUGUGCUGCAUAUGUGGAAUUUACAUUUAAGAUCUGUUCCUGUGUCUGUAGGUGAUAAAUCUACAUCAGACUCUUCAGAAAAUUCUCAGCUGAAAGAGGACUCAUUUAACUCUCUUUCUGGAGAAAAAGUCAAGUCCCCACUUACCCAAAAAUAUCAGGCAUGCAAAGAAAACCUUCAGAGUACCAGCAAGAUGACACUUUCUUCUGAACUAGUUUACAGCCGAGAGCUGGAAUUGCCAGAUGGCGUGGAAGUAAUCAGUGUUAAGCCAUCUGCAGGACAUUUGAGUUCCUCAUCAGUCUAUCCAGUGUGUCAUGCUCCUUAUCUACUAGCCACAUCUUGCUCUGAUGGAAAAGUGCGGUUCUGGCAUUGCAGAGUAAAUUCUGAUCUGGCACCAUCUCUGGAUGAGCCAGAUAACAAUAUUACAUACGUUUGGGAAGAAUGGCUUCUGCUAAUUGAAGAUGGACACCAAAAUGGCUCUGUGAGUGUACCUGGUAGGCCAAUAGAAGUGAGCUGUGCACAUACAAACUGUCUAGCAGUUGCAUUUAAGCAAACCCCAAGUAAGACCGUCAAUUCUUCUCAAGAGUUUUCAAUGCAUGUGAGUAUUUUUGAAUGUGAAUCCACGGGUGGUUCCUGUUGGAUCCUUGAGCAAACUAUCCAUUUUGAUGAACUAAGUACAAUGCUGGAACCUGGCAUUAGUAUUGACAACAACCUUGUAGCAUAUAAUAAACAUGACAUGCUCUUAUCUUCCAACAUGCACCGUCAGCCAAAUAUGAAACAUUUAGUUCAUUUAGACUGGAUGUCGAGGGAGGAUGGUUCACAUAUAUUAACUGUAGGCAUUGGUUCUAAGCUGCUGAUGUAUGGCCAGGUGGGAAGAAAGGUGCAAGAACAAUCAUGUAAAGAGGAUUUUGCACUGCAGCUGUGGGACACUGCCAAAUGCACAUCUCGCCCUAGGUUUGUGCUGCUUCGAUGUGUGGAUCUUGUAUCAUCUGUGGAAGGUUCUCCUCCUAUACCAGUUUCAUUGUCGUGGGUACGUGAUGGGAUACUCGUAGUUGGCAUGGAUUGCGAAAUGCAUGUCUACUCCCAGUGGCAACCUUUUUCCAAACAGGAUUCAUCAAGCACAGAUUCCUUUAAUGGAAGCACUCCAUCCAUUACAAAUUUACUCAAACAAAGCCAGUCAGUUGGUUCUGGUCUUUAUCCCCCAAAGAAACUUAUGACUCGGUCAAUGACCAGUUUAGCACAAAAGCUGAUGGGAAAGAAAACUGCAUUUGACCUUCCAGUGGAAAUGGAAGAUUCUGGCCUCUUUGAGGCAGCGCAUUCUUUGUUUCCAACUUUACCUCAGUAUCAUCCUUUGCAGCUCUUAGAAUUAAUGGAUUUGGGUAAAGUCCGUAGAGCAAAGGCAAUUCUUUCUCACUUGGUUAAAUGUAUUGCUGGCGAGGUGGUUGCUAUUAAUGACAAUGAACCAAAUCAUGAACGUAGGCUCCGGUCACUAUCGAUCAGUGUUAGUGGAAGCACUGCUAGAGACCCCAAAACAUUCAGCAAACCAGACAAUGCAGAUUACACAGAAAUUGACUCUGUCCCUCCUCUACCACUAUAUGCACUUCUUGCUGCAGACGAGGAUUCCAUAUACACUUCCACAAUGGAACAAUCAAGUAAUACCAAUAACUCCAACAAAUGCAGCGAUGGUAAUUCAACAGGUGAAAACUAUGAGGACCUAUUUCAAGUUCCUCCUUUGGUCUCUGAUGAGCUUUCUAUCUUGGAGUCUGAAGAUGAGAACGCAAAACCUCAAGUUAUUAACUUGUCCCAGUACGGCCCAACUUACUUUGGUCCAGAACAUUCCCAAGUUCUUUCUAGACAUUUGCUCCAUUCCAGUCUACCAGGCUUGACUCGCAUUGAGCAGAUGUCUUUGAUGGCUCUAGCAGAUACAAUUGCUACAACCAGCACUGAAAUUGGAGAAAGCAGAGACCGCAGCCAAGGUGGAGAAACUCUUGAUGAAUGUGGACUGAAAUACUUUCUGGCUGUUCGACUGCAUACAUUUCUCACCACUUCUUUACCUCCUGCCUAUCGAACACAGCUUUCCCUCCAAGGUUUGUCUACUAGCCAUUUUGCGUGGGCCUUUCAUUCUGUGGCAGAGGAAGAGCUUCUUGCAACGCUUCCAGCAAUGCAGAAAACAGAUCCCACGUGGCCAGAAUUGAGAGCUAUGGGAGUGGGCUGGUGGGUGAGAAACACUCACAAUCUGCGAACAUGCAUUGAAAAGGUAGCUAAAGCUGCUUUUCAAAGAAAUAGCGAUCCCCUAGAUGCAGCUAUAUAUUAUCUCGCUAUGAAAAAAAAAGCUGUGAUAUGGGGCUUGUACAGGUCUCAGCGAGAUGCAAAGAUGACUCAGUUUUUUGGAAACAACUUUAAUGAAGAGCGCUGGAGAAAAGCUGCCUUGAAGAAUGCUUUUUCGCUGCUUGGAAAACAGCGCUUUGAACACUCUGCAGCUUUUUUUCUUUUGGCGGGCUCUCUAAAAGAUGCAGUUGAAGUUUGCCUUGAAAAAUUAAAUGAUAUCCAACUUGCUCUUGUGCUGGCGAGGCUCUAUGAGCCAGAAUUUGAAAAAUCCACAUCUUAUAAAUCAAUCCUGCAAAAGAGGGUGCUGGGAAUAGAGUCUCCAGGCAAAGAGCCAACUUUAUCAUUCAUGCACCCUGAUCCUUUUGUAAGAAGCAUGGCUUACUGGAUUUUGGGGAAUUAUAGCCAAGCACUUAACACUUUAUUGAAACAACCAGUGAAAGAAGAAGAUGACGCCUGGACUCUGUCUUCAAGUUGUGAUCCGUCCGUUUUUAACUUCUACAAUUUUUUGCGGACGCAUCCUAUGUUAUUGAGACGUUACUUUGGAACCUCAGAGUCAUCUUCCACCAAAAUGUGUGUCACAGGGGAAAAUGGUUUGGCAGACAAAAUAAAUUUAGGAGAAAGAAGAUUGUUUUUCACAACUGCCCAUGCCCAUUUAAAAGCUGGGUGCCCUAUGCUAGCCCUUGAAGUUAUAUCUAAAAUGCCUAAAGUAGUGAAGCGGUCAAAAACGUUUAUUCGUACAUCAAGUUUCACAGACACAAGCAAAGUGUCAACCCCUGUAUCUCUCGUACCUGAAGAAAAAGAUUCAAAUUCUUUGGUCAAUGGUUUUAACUCACCUUUUGCAUUCUCAGACAAAGAGACAAACUCUGCUCUUUCUUUUGAUUGGAGUCAACCAUCCAUGACCAUUGAAGAUGAUGAGUUGGAAUUAAAAUGGGACAGCGAAAGUGAGGAUGAAUCUGGAGUAUCUGGUUUAUCAAUGAAAGAAGUCAAACCUUUGCACGGCAUAGAGAGGUUGAAACGGGAGGAAACUAGCACUACUUACUCAGACUCUACGAGUAUAGAUGAAAAUGAUAUUCUUAGUCCCUCUGAAGAUGUUAUUGCUUCACAAUUAAAAUUUCAUUCGUGCUUAAAAAUUCUAACUGGAGAGCUCAGGACAUUGUCCACAGGUUAUGAAGUUGAUGGUGGAAAACUAAGAUAUCAGCUGUAUAGCUGGCUUGAAAGAGCUGUUGCUGCUCUUCAAAAGAUUUGUGAUUACAAUGGAAAUCCGGAUGAGACAAAUUCAAGUGGAACUGCUGAAUUUCCUAAUGGAGAUAGUUUAGAUAAUUCCUCUGACCAAAUUACCAGUAAGCAGCAAAAAGAAGUAUUUCGGAGGCGCCAAUGGCUUCUGAAAUUUCAGUCCCUGCUGCGAAUGUUUCUGAGUUUUUGUGUUCUUCAUGGAUCUCAUGGUGGAGGACUAGCUUCUGUAAGAAUGGAAUUAAUAUUGCUGCUGCAAGAAUCCCAACAGGAUGGUGCAGACAUUACAAAUACACAGACAGAGCAGACCUCAGUUCCUCUUCUUUUUGCCUGUACAGCAAGUGCCAAAACAGUCGUGGCCUCUCCUUUACUGCAUCUUAGUAAUUUAACUCAUGAUAUUUUGCAUGCAAUUAUAGAUCUUGAUUCACCUCCUCACCCUGAUUCUCAUAAUAACAAGAUCUAUGUUAUGCAUACCUUGGCUGCAUCAUUAUCUGCUUGUAUAUAUCAGUGCCUUUGUGGAGGGCAAGCCAACAGUUCCUCCUUGCAAGCCAACCCAUUCACAGGCAUGGCAUACCAAAGUGUGCUGCUUAUCCAUAGGCAACCAAUUAGAACAACCAGCUUGGAUGAAGCCGUGACACCAAAUACCUCUCCUACUCAUUGGCCAGGGAUAAGUGCUUUGAUUCGCUUGCUGAAUUCUGCUGGAGAAGAAGCCCAACCUGGACUUACAAUCCUUUUGUGUGAGAUUCUCACAGCCGUUUAUCUAAGUCUUUUCAUCCACGGCCUUGCUACGCACUCUAGCCAAGAGUUAUUCUGCAUUGUUGCCCAUCCUUUGAGCGAUAAAAUGUGGUCUGCAGUCUUUGGUGGGGGUGCAAGAAUCGCAGGAAGGGGGCAGAUGCCUGUUAAAGCGGUAACAGUAUCUCCUCCCAUAGAUGAAAGCGAGAAACCUUCAAGACGCUUUAGGCUUUCUACAAAAGCUCAGCACAGAGAGAAUGCCCCUGCACUCGCCUCACCUGUUGUUGAUCAGGGUUCAUCAAUUUUUCGGGAAAAAUUCAUCCCUCCUGAACUAAGUAUCUGGGAUUACUUCAUAGCCAAGCCCUACCUUCCUCUUUCAUACAACGUACUGGAGUAUGAUUCAGAAGAGAGUCAAGGAAGUGACGAUGAGGAAGAUGACGAUGCCACAUUGUCCGAAGUGCAGCUUCAAGAACAUUCCAAUGCCAAUUCGUAUAGUUGGGCUUUAAUGCGUCUUGCUAUGAUUCAGUUUGUGCUUCAAAACCUCAAACAUUUCUAUCCACUUGCAGGCCAUGAACUUUCAGAUCUCCCAGUAGCUUCUCCACUGUGCCAUGCCACCCUGAAGACUUUACAGAGAUGGGAACAAGUACUGCUAAAACGUCUUGAGAUAUAUGGUGGUCCUCCCCCGGACUUCAUUACAAUACCUACCUCAGAAGAGGCUCUGUCUGCAGGACCAGCUAUCUUACGACACAAAGCAUUGCUAGAACCAUCAAAUACUCCAUUUAGAUCAAAGCAUUCAAGCACGUUACCAGUGAAGAGGCUCUGGCAAUAUUUGGUUAAACAAGAAUGCAUCCAAGAAACUUUUAUAAGAAACGUUUUUACGAAGAAAAACAGUCUCAAUGAGACUGAAUCAGAUCAGGGUUCUUCUGGAGGAAGAGCAAGAAUAAUUCAUAAAGACUCAGACAUCAUUACGGCCUUUGCAGUAAAUAAAGCAAACAGAAACUGCAUUGCAAUAGCAUCCAGUCACGAUAUUCAGGAGCUUGAUGUUUCUUCAAUCUUGGCCACACAGAUAUAUUCUUGGAUUGAUGAUGAGUUUGAGCUGGAAAAUAAAGGUUCUGAUGACUUCUUGGUGGUACACACUCGUGAAGAUGUUCCAGCUGUGCAAAGUUCUACUCCUUAUACCCACAGCAAUCCUGGCACUCCUCUAAAUAUGCCUUGGUUAGGAGCUACACAAACUGGGCGCGGGGCUUCUGUGAUGAUAAAGAAGCCCAUCAAUAAUGUCAGAAGAAUGGCCUCUCAUCCAACAUUGCCUUACUAUCUGACAGGUGCUCAAGAUGGUAGCGUGCGAAUGUUCGAGUGGGGACAUUCCCAGCAGAUAACAUGCUUUCGGUCUGCAGGAAAUCCAAGGGUUACACGGAUACGAUUUAACCAUCAAGGAAAUAAGUUUGGGAUCGUUGAUGCUGAUGGGUUAAUAAGUCUGUAUCAGACAAACUGGAAAUAUAGUACGGCUGCAGGAAGCCCGCCCAAACCUUAUUUGGUGUGGCAAUGCCACAACAAAACUGCCAAUGAUUUUGUUUUCGUCAGUAGUUCUUCUUUAAUAGCAACAGCUGGACAAUCAACAGAUAACCGAAAUGUCUGCUUAUGGGAUACUUUAGUGUCACCAACAAAUAGUUCAAUCCAUGCUUUUACGUGCCAUGAUAGUGGAGCCACGGUGAUAUCUUAUGCGCCAAAAAAUCAGCUGUUAAUAUCAGGAGGCAGAAAAGGCUUCACUUGUCUGUUUGACCUACGUCAGAAACAACAGAGGCAUGUUUUUCAGAGUCAUGAUUCUGCAGUGAAAGCUAUAGCUGUGGAUACAACAGAAGAAUAUUUCAUCACUGGGUCAGCAGAGGGCAACAUCAAGGUCUGGAGCCUGUCAACAUUUAGUCUCCUACACACUUUCAUUAACGAGCAUGCUCGCCAGUCCAUCUUCAGAAACAUUGGAACAGGUGUCAUGCAGAUAGAGACUGGUCCAGCCAAUUACAUAUUCUCCUGUGGAGCUGAUGGCACAGUCAAAAUGAGAAUAUUGCCAGAUCGCUUCAGUACACUUAGUGACCUACUUAAAAAUGAUGUCAAAUAUGUGCUUUGAUUUAUUUAUUUUCAUUUUUUCUUUUCCUUUUUGCAUUGUUUAAGCCUGAUACCACUGGCGUCACAAUGCAGUAUUCUGCACUGGCACUGAAAUUAGUUAAAAUAAUGUAUUUAAAUGGAAAGUGGCCGGCGGGUGAAAUGUGCAAUGUUGCUUAACAGAUCUGCCACUAAGAUGCUUUUUCUCAAUUUUAUUUAUUUUUGCCCUUGACGCACUGAUGCCUUAACAAUGAUUAUAACAUGAUCAUUCAGCAACUGAAUAUUAUAUUGCCUAAACUGGGAAAAAUUGACCUAUGUAAAUUGAUAUAUACAUAUAUAGAUUCAUACAUACCUGUAUUGCUGCUGAAGUCUCUUUUUUUCUUUUUUCUUUUCUAGCAAACAUUUGUUUUUAGAUAUUUAAAACAAUCUGCACAUAUAGAAAAUAUUUUUUAAAAUAUGCAAUUAACUUUUAAAAAUUGCAUUUAAUUAAUACACAUAUAAACAUACAUACAUACACUUAUAUAUACUUACACAUAUAUAAAAUGAAGAUAAAUUAUAUUUAUGUGAUGUUGCCGAUUAUUCUAGAAACCUAGAGCGGAAAUUUAGGUAGUGUUUACCUAUGUAAGAUAUUUCUUCAUAAAAUAGUGACAGAACAUUUGCUAUGGUCAAAUCACUUUCUAGCACAACAAAUCUUUAAUUCUACUUGCCUUCUACGAUGUUACAGUUUGGCACAUAGGCAAAUUCUUUUUGAUAUUUGCAAGCUUUAUAGAAAUGCUGGAAAGUUACAUCCAAACUCUCAUCUUCUGUUUUUUUUUUUUUGCUUUUUAUUUUUUGCCAAAUUCUAGAUGUAUACACUUUUAAGUGUAUUUGACCAAAAUACUAAGAGCACAAAGAGCUUAAACUUUUUAUUGCUCAAAAUGUUUAUUUUGCUUUUUCACCAUUCAAUAUAUAUAUAUUUCUUUAAUAAAGAUUAAUAGGUUAACUGUUAUAACUAACAAAAUUAAUUGUUUAAAAUAUAAAAAUAUGUUCACUCUAUAUAUUCAAGCAUAUUAGCAAAAGUUUGAAGACAUAUGAUGUAGGAACGGUCUUUUAUUUUUUUUAAUUUUUUUUACAUUCUCAGGAUAAAUGUCACAUUUCUUAGGUUUUUUUUUUUCCUUCUCCUUUUUUGGGUAGGGAGACUUGUCAAUUUAUAUAUUCAAUAAUUAAAAUGUUAAGCAAGUCACAUAUAAAAUUUUGAAUUUCCAAUAAAAGACUUUAAAUCAGUGCAAUAAUUUAGCAAUCGGAUGAUACAAAAAAAAAUAAUUACAAUAAAAAUGUGACAUGGUGAGCUGUUCAGGAAGUAAAUAUUAAGCAUAGAUCUGUCUGAACAAUAAGGCUGGGAAUACAUUGUAUGAUUUGAGUUUCUAAUUUAGAAUACAUUGUGAUUUGUCAUGUAUUUACAUUGCAUACCCAUAUUUUAAAUAAACAGUGACCAUGUAA